CCCUCGCCUGACCCACCGAGCCCACCUCCUUCCCCGCUCCCGCCUAGCCCGCCGCCACCGUCCCCUGAGCCUCCUAGCCCGCAACCUCCUUCCCCGUCUCCGCCUAGCCCUCCUCCUCCCUCGCCUGACCCACCGAGCCCACCUCCUUCCCCGCUCCCGCCUAGCCCGCCGCCACCGUCCCCUGAGCCUCCUAGCCCGCAACCUCCUUCCCCGUCGCCGCCUAGCCCUCCUCCUCCCUCGCCUGACCCACCGAGCCCACCUCCUUCCCCGCUCCCACCUAGCCCACCGCCACCGUCCCCUGAGCCUCCUAGCCCGCAACCUCCUUCCCCGUCUCCGCCUAGCCCUCCUCCUCCCUCGCCUGACCCACCGAGCCCACCUCCUUCCCCGCUCCCACCUAGCCCACCGCCACCGUCCCCUGAGCCUCCUAGCCCGCAACCUCCUUCCCCGUCGCCGCCUAGCCCUCCUCCUCCCUCGCCUGACCCACCGAGCCCACCUCCUUCCCCGCUCCCGCCUAGCCCGCCGCCACCGUCCCCUGAGCCUCCUAGCCCGCAACCUCCUUCCCCGUCGCCGCCUAGCCCUCCUCCUCCCUCGCCUGACCCACCGAGCCCACCUCCUUCCCCGCUCCCGCCUAGCGCGCCGCCACCGUCCCCUGAGCCUCCUAGCCCGCAACCUCCUUCCCCGUCUCCGCCUAGCCCUCCUCCUCCCUCGCCUGACCCACCGAGCCCACCUCCUUCCCCGCUCCCGCCUAGCGCGCCGCCACCGUCCCCUGAGCCUCCUAGCCCGCAACCUCCUUCCCCGUCGCCGCCUAGCCCUCCUCCUCCCUCGCCUGACCCACCGAGCCCACCUCCUUCCCCACUCCCGCCUAGCCCGCCGCCACCGUCCCCUGAGCCUCCUAGCCCGCAACCUCCUUCCCCGUCGCCGCCUAGCC